GUGGAGCUGACUUCGGCGAAAUGAAAUCGGCCCGCUGCACUUUUCCUCCCAGAAUGGAAGUCGUCGUGGAGGUGAUACGGACUAAACUCGCUUGUAUGCCAGGAUAUUGAACCUGUGUCCUUUUUUUUUUUUGUUGUCAAUUUUUUUUUUUUUUGUCUUUCUCUCUCUGGCUACAAGAUCACUUUUUACAGCGAAGCCCAUAUCCGCGGCUGCUUAUCUUUUAGUGCCCCCGCAUGGACGAUGAGGAGGAUGAUGUGUUUGAGCCAGACCCCCAUUGCUGGCGCACCGCAUUCAAGGAGAUAGAGUGUGAAGACCGGGGCACACAGACACCUGGCCCUACCCUGGCACCCAACAACGGCAUGCUGCCCUGUGGAGUCGCAGAGGAGCCCAGACCUCUCUUCUACGGCAACGCAGGUUUUCGAUUGCACUUCCCUGCAAACUUUGAGCUUGUUGGGGAUCAGGAAGCGAGGCGACAAGAGAGUGAAGGGGAGCAGAACGGGAUGGAGCAGCUACCGCGGCAGCAACCUGUGGCCCGCGGUGUGGAGGCAUGCAUUGGCCAGAAACUCCAGCUGAUAGGAGACCAGUUUCACCGGGAACACCUACAACUGUAUCAUCGAAACCAAAGGAAUCAGGGGUGGAUGUGGUGGCGCCUGGCCGCAGCUCUGCUCAGCCUUCUGUUUGACAGGGGGUUCUUUGCUGGAAGAGGUGGAGCAGGACGGAGGUGAGGGGGUCUCCCCAUCUCUCUGAGGAACUGGACUCCUAAUGGCACUGUCAAAUCUAACACGGGUCUGUUUUGGGGGAGAAAAGAAAGGAGACAUAAGGGUCACCGCGGGACGGAGACAACCAACUUUUAUACAAGGUCGUGAGUUUUUUUCUUUCCGAGAAGAUGCCAUGAUGCUCCGAGAUUCCUCUACAGGAAAAUGUUCAUAUUUUGGUAUACGUGUGGUGUAGUAGUUUUGUACAGUACAUUGUUCUUGUUCAAUUUUUUGCACUUCAACAUGUAUCCAUCUUAAAUGACCUCCACAGACCCCGGGCAUGCCUUAUUCAAUGUCUUCUGCCGAAUGAGUAUUGAGCAAUUUUGAGAUGAGGCGAGAUGGUUAGGAAAUUAAAGGAAAUGUGGUGUGAGGUUUUAUUUUCUUAGGUUUCCCAUGUGACCAGACAAGGUCAUUUACUAUUUUCCAAAGAGGCAACUUCUCAGAACAAAGCAUUUUGCACCUCACCUCAUUGGAACAUUUAUCUUACUUUCAAUUUCUUUAUUUUGCUUUUUCUGUUUUUGUUUUCUUACUCCUCGAUUUUCUUUGGUAUGGUAUUACGUUUGAACAUGAUCCCUCAGUAUCAUUUAAAAUAUUGGGAACAAAGUUUCUGCACAUGAAAAAGUCUGCUCACCUUACCUUGCAAUCUAAAUAUCUUUUUUUUUUAAUAUGCACAGAUGUUUUAAGGCGAGCCUUUCUUCAGUCGCGUGCUACAUGUGAAACAGUCAGAACAAUUUGAUGACUCAGGAAAUAUAGGGGUGGAGUUUGCAGUGCUGAACAUCAAUGACUGGUCAAACACACCUGUGACUGCCAGAAAAAAGAUUAUUGAUACUGGAGACAAAUUUCAAGAAAUCUGUUAGAAUUAAAGUUGGAAUUAAUAGGUAUUAUUUUAAAUGUCAGCAGUGAAGUGAGUAAACUGAAUCCAUAUUUUAGGAUCAACACACCUAAAAUGAUUGGGGCUAAACCCAAACAUAUGAAGAGAUCUUUUUUUUAUUUACAUAUUAUAAAUAUAUAUAUGACUUAUUACUACUGUUCCUGAUUAUGCAACUCCCCUUAUUGUGUAUUACAUUAUUACUAUUAUAUUAUAUUAUAAGUUAUGCCAGUUGAUAUUAGGCCUAUUACUGACUCAAUCCAGCUACUGGGUGGCUGGAUGUUGUCUGAGAUGUAGCACACUAAAGAAGGCCUGGGAAAGAAACUUUAUAGGAUCCAUGAAAAGAUAUUUAGAUUAAAGUGAGGUGGUGCUGACUUUUGCAUGUGUUUUUCGAGGUCUAGCACCUGUGCACUAAAUUACAACAUUAAAGUAAAGCACAUUAGUUGCUAUAAAGAGCAAAUUUAAAUAUUAUUUACCUAAAUAGUAACAAAACGAUUUGUACACCUUAACCCCAAUGAUUUGAUUUAAAACUUCAGUGAGAACACCAGAACUUCAUUCCUCCAUUGUUCCCACAUUCAAGUUAUCCCUGUGUUUUUCCAUGUGUUCUUUUCAUGUGAUUGUUUUCAGACCUCCAUGCCCUUGAAGUGGAGCUGUGGAUCCACUGUUUUUGCACUAGCUGUACACCCUUCAAGAUUUCAGAUUGUUACCAUGGUAACCUCUGUCUUGUAUGAAGGUUUUCACUUAUGACUUGUUUUCCCGCCACACCAUUUCAAAUGUAUUCACUCUUAUGUCCAAGACAACUAAUCAAUGUUGAGGCCUGACUAAUCACAGUCUGGGAUUUGGAUUGGAUCCUAGAAUGUUUCAGGCUACACUAGAGUCACAAUACAGCCAGUUAAACAGUUUUCUAUCCCGGUUUAUUAUUUUUCACAGCCCGUGUGUGUUCUGAACACCAAACAAUACUGCAUAAUCAAUCUGUGAAACAGAUCGUCUCAGGCUACUUUUAUCGGGUUUUACAUCAUUUUGUAUUCUGUUGGGUGAUCUUGUAUUGUCUUUGGUGCUCAGAUCCAGAUUUGGGACAUUUUUAGUACAUAUAACCACUCAGCUGACAAAAAGACAAAAAUGAAAAAGACUGUAAUUAUUGUUGAAAUAUGAAUAUGUUUAAAAGACACUGUUGAAGAUGCUGUUUGUUAUAUUUUCCAUUGCUGAACCCAGGCCAACUUGUGGACCCGAGGAGCAGUACAUAUCAGGGGUCUGUAAUUACCUGCUCCUUACGAUGUGUCAAGUUUAUCACUGCAUAAUUAGGGUUUCCUCUCACUCUCUUAAAGAUGUCUCAGGGACAGACUUUGUGGGCUACUGGUAACCUUGAGAAUCUGUUACAUGGUUAGAAGAAGAGCAGCGUUUUCACCCAUUUAUUUAUGACAAUACCUGUCGAGGUAUCGUCAAGUCUUUCAUUUUCUUUUCAGUUUAAAAAAAAAAAAAAAAAAAAAAAAAAAAAAAAAGAAAUCCUCCUGGCCAAUUUCUCAGCACACACAUAUAAAGGUACAGGUUGACUGAGGAGACUGAGACUGACGGUGGUGGUGACGGGGGCUACUGAGCAUGUAGUAGAAGGCGUGUGAGGUGCACUGAAUGUGGUUGUGGUUAUAGUUUCCUGCGGAUCCUGAAUGCUGAGCCAGUCAAUGUAGCGCCCCGUCUCACCAUUGGCUCUUGACUUUCUCUUUUAUUCAUCAUCGGUUCAUUUUUCUUUGUAAUUUAUUUUUUUCCCUUCUUAUUUAUGUAUAUUGGCCCAUUUCUACUGUAUACACCUGUGUGUGCAAUUCUUAUUUCUUGUUUUGGACUUCAGUUGUUAAACUGUGCAGAGCAAGUUGGCCUGCAUUGUACCUGACAUUGCUUCUUGUGAUACUCAACUCAAAUUCUAUUUUAUUUUAGUAUUGCUCAUCUCCUGUAGGCACUAAGAGGUUUGUAGUUUAGCUCUUCAUGAAAAACAACAGCUUUGGUCAUUAGGAAUUCAUGUUGGUUCAAUGGAUGUCAAUGGUGGCACGUUUUUGCAUCGCAGUUUCAGGUUCCAUACGUCGUUUCGCCCAAAUUCACUACUUCUGUCAGAGCUUCACAGCUGUAAAAAGGAAAAUAUUAUUUAGAGGAAGUAAUAUAUUCAUACAUAUGUUGCUAACUAUUGGAAUACAUUGUUACAAACAUUAAUUCACUAUAACCACAGCUGCUGCUCUUCACAAAGAAGAAACCUACAAACCUCACCUUUCAAGCUUACGAGAUGGUUGUUUGAUUCUCAUAAAAUAGAUUUUGGGUGUAGUAUUUUUUUGUUAAACGGUUGUGAUUUUCCAGGGAAGGGCCCAACCAAUUCAGACCUUUUUCAUUAUCUUCCACCAUCCGAUUCACCAGACAUCAUGGGUACAUUCGCAAAAUGUGGUUUAGAAAAACAGCAGCUUCUAUGCAGUUCAACCUUUCAACAGGAUAUGACAUUUCCUUUGUAAUUAAAAUGAGUCAUUACCCAUCCCACCCAUUGCUAAUGAUACACAUGACAUUAGAGAUACUUCAAAACACGCAGAAAAAGGGUUGCCUUCAUAUUAAGUCACAGGGCGUUUGUUUAUGUGUUAAUUCUUAAAUCUUGAUCAUUGUGUUGUAAUCAACAUGCACUGGAAAGUACUUUGUUUCUGUAGAUCCCAUGGGUCCCUAAUCUGUUGUGUUAAUGUCUAGUAUAUACUCUGGAUUGUUCUUUUGGGCUAAUCUUGCCAUGUGUCAGACGUAUACCUGUGCAUUGACCAAGUUGGCUCGGAUUGAUUUAUUGGAAAGGGAAACAAGCCACCAUGGUGCCCUGUAUAAUUUUGUUAGAAUGAGGUUCCCAAGCUGCACUCAUCACAUUAAAUGUGAGUGUGGAGAAUCCCUAGAGUGGGACAUGUAUUUUAUGGAAACCGUCAGUGUCUUGAAUUUUGUAGUCCACUUUAUAUACAUUUGAAGUUUUUUUGAGGAAGGUGUUGAUUUCGAAUUUUUUUUUUUUUAACGAUAACAUUUCUUCUUCAUGGUCUUUCUUAACUUUUAAAAAUGUAUUUUCUUAAGAAAAAGGGUGUUCUUUUAUAAGGACAGUUCAUUGCCUGUAAAAUAAUUUUUAAUACGAGUAGGGUCCUUUUUGAAGUCCAUGAGAUCAAGGGCAUUUUUUUAUAUAAAAAUGAACUUGUAACAUUCCUUGCACAUCUCACCGUGGUGUAUAAACAAAACCAAGCGAACCAAAAUAAUUCAUGGUUGUGGUUAACUUGGCUCAUGAGCUUAGAGCUAUGGAAUAUUUGCCCGUCUUUAAAGAACAGAUAAAGUGUACAUGUAUUUCUUAAAAUCCUGGAAUAUGCCUUUAACUGCUCAGUUUCAACGAAGUCUUGAUUAUCACACACUCUCUGUAUACCAAGAAAUGAGACCCAGCGAAAAUGUAGCAUUUUUGUAAACAUUGACUGUGUGUUUUCGAGACUCUACUGUGCACUCAUUUUUGUGUUUAUAUAUAUUUUUUGGUUGUUGAUAUAAUAUGGAAGUAAAGACAAUUUGUUCAGUAGUGCAAUAUGCUGUACAUAUAGAGCUUUGCUCUACAAAUCUUUUUUUCUGGAUUUCUUGUCGUUUAUUGGUACUUUUUUUUCAAUAAAAUUUUAUUG